UCAAAUUCUACGGAGUGUUUUUUGUGUCGCGCUCCUCGUCUGAUCAUAUCAGAGCUUCGUUUCAUUUAAACACAAUUUAACAUCACAUUAAGGGUUAUUUUCUACCUCAACCACCUCAAGAUGGCAGGGAACUUCUGGCAGAGUUCACAUUAUCUGCAGUGGGUUCUGGACAAACAGGAUCUGAUGAAGGAGAGACAGAAAGAUCUCAAGUUCCUCACAGAGGAGGAGUACUGGAAGCUACAGAUAUUUUUUGCCAAUGUGAUUCAAGCCUUGGGAGAACACUUGAAACUCAGGCAGCAGGUCAUCGCCACAGCAACUGUCUACUUUAAGCGCUUCUAUGCCAGAUACUCUCUGAAGAGCAUAGACCCUGUGCUGAUGGCCCCUACAUGUGUAUUCCUGGCCUCUAAAGUCGAGGAAUUUGGUGUUGUUUCGAACACACGGCUUAUUUCUGCAGCAACGUCUGUGUUGAAAACAAGGUUCUCUUAUGCUUUUCCAAAGGAGUUUCCCUUCAGAAUGAACCACAUCCUGGAAUGUGAAUUCUAUUUACUGGAGCUCAUGGACUGCUGUCUGAUCGUGUACCACCCGUACAGGCCAUUACUACAGUAUGUACAGGACAUGGGUCAGGAGGACAUGCUGCUGCCACUGGCUUGGAGGAUAGUGAAUGACACCUACAGGACGGACCUGUGUCUACUUUAUCCACCGUUUAUGAUUGCACUUGCCUGCCUGCAUGUGGCAUGUGUGGUACAGCAGAAAGAUGCCAGGCAGUGGUUUGCUGAGCUGUCUGUUGACAUGGAGAAGAUCCUGGAGAUCAUCAGGGUAAUACUGAAACUUUAUGACCAGUGGAAGAACUUUGAUGAUAGAAAGGAAAUGGCCGCUGUGCUCAACAAGGUGCCCAAACCCAAACCCCCUCCUAACAGUGAGACUGACCAGAGCUCAAACGGGAGUCAGAACAGCUCCUACAGUCAGUCCUAGAGCACCACCUGGUGAAGGACCUGAGGCAGAGUGAUUUAGAGAGGCAAACACAGCACAUUUCGGCACAGUUCAAUGCUGCUUUUCACAAGCACAUCGUUUUAUGACCGUGGGGAAACAGUUUCCUGGCACACACGUCCUCUCUUUCCUCUUCUCUGGGUUCUUCCACCAAUCAGAGCAGAUAGAAUGAUGCCACCUCCUUCCUCCAUCCAAUCAGAGCAGCCCAUGUCAUUCUAGGAGCAGGAGGGAAGCAGGCUGCUCACUUAUAGGAAAUCUGCUUUGAUUUAGAGUUUGUUGUCAGGCUUAAGGCUGUAGUGUUGAAUGUUCUGGACACAAACACACACACAAACGCACCACAACAUUUGAUUAAGAGAGGUGCUGUUUUCCCGAAUCUUGUAAGUCAAAGGUCCUGGGUUCCUUGAAAAGUCCCAUGAAGCUUUCUUUUAAUGGAUGCUCUUUGGGAACAAAGAAAACUUGAUCAUUUUCUGUGUCUGAGAGUGAUGAAGAGAGAGAAAGAGAGAGUGUGUGUGUGUUAAUUACAAAUGUAUUUGUAUGCGUGCCUCUCGUUGACCAUGUCACAGUUUGUAUUCCUCAGGGAAAUGGAUCAGUCCUCUCUACAAAGUGGCUGUCUGUAAACUGAUUGGCCACAGGGCUAUGUGACGGCGAUCUUUUUGAACCCUCGUACUGUGUAAUCAAAUCCUGGUUUGGAUACGUUUUCUUUGACAUGCGUGUGGAUGAGAGUUAGAAUGCACAAGUGACACAGUUGAGUUGGUCCGAAAAUGCAUUUGUAAAUGUGCUUUCCACAUAUAGCCCUUGACUUUUUAAAGUUAUUUUUGUUUUAUUAUAAAUUUACUAUGAUUAAGCUUUGUGUACUUGCCAUUACCCAAAUGCUUGUUUUAAAUUGAUGUCUCUAGGUGCAGUAUUCAUCAAGUUUAAUGGAGGACAAGCCAAUAUCUUGAGGGUUUUGGAUAGAAAUGUGUUAAAUAAUGGAGGCAGUGAAGAUCUCCAUCUCGGGUGUGGUUCCAAUCAUAAGCAUCACAUUUGUUUGGGACUCUUAACUAUUUGCGGAAAGACCUUCAAAAGAUUACAAUAAGUUUAUGUUUUGCUAUGUUCUGAGUGGCAUUUGUUUUUUUGCUGUGUCUCUCACUGUGGUCAUAUGUUUAACAGUGCUUCAGGAGUGUUGCCACAUCUUUGAGCAUAAAUGAGGCACUGUGUAUGUUUUAUUUGCCUGUAAAUAUAUUUGAUGAUUUGAGAACUGUAAGGGUGAGAGGGCUUGGAGUAUAAUCUCAUUUUUUCCCCCUUGUUUGUCUAUAACAGAGCUCAGAAGCCUUAUUAAAUAAAGCUGCUGUUAAAAAUA